AAAUCGCAACACACACCUUCCGCGCGAGAAUCCAUAUUAGAACGGUCCAUUUCUGCCUCUUGUCGUCAAUUUAUUAAUCGUGUUUUGUACAUUUCCCGGCGAGAAAAAGGAGAAACGACCAACUCCCUGGCAAUCGUCUCCGGAACUUCAAAAAAAAAUUCCCUCCAUUGAAUCAUCCAUUCGAUCGCUUCCUCCAUCGCAUUUCUCAAACAGAAAGCGUUCGUUCAACAAUGGCGAGUUCGCCCAACAUCGCGAUUAUGGGAGCUGGCAUCUUCGUCAAGACUCAGUACAUUCCCAGAUUGGCCGAGAUCUCCAAUCUCAUCGUCCUCAAAGCAAUCUGGAGCCGCUCCGAGGAAUCGGCGAGGGCUGCUGUGGAGAUAGCGCGUCGGCAUUUCCCCGACGUGGAGUGCAAAUGGGGGGACAAAGGACUCAACGAGAUUCUCAACGACGAGUCCAUCAUCGGCGCUGCCGUGGUUCUCGCUGGACAAACUCAGGUUGAGAUGUCUCUGAAGCUGUUGAAGGCAGGGAAGCAUGUUCUUCAGGGUAAUGAAACUUGGUAUACUGGCAUUUCUUAGUCAUCUAUGCACUUCCUCUUCAGUGAUUCCUUCGUACUAACUUUUGGGUUCUUGUUCUUCAAUGCCAUCUGCAUUGCCUGGUUUUAAAUUGGUUGAUCUGAAGAGAAACCUGCGGCAGCUUAAUGGUUGGUGGUGUUGUGAUGUAGCCGCGAGAGAGAUUGAAGCUGCACUCUCAGGUUACAAAUCCAUUUGUGCCAAAACUCCUGGGCAGCCAAUCUGGGCUGUUGCAGAGAACUAUAGGUUUGAACCUGCGUUCGAAGAGGGUAAGAGGUUGAUGGCUGAAGUGGGAGAAAUGAUCAAUGUACAAGUCAUCAUUGAAGGAUCAAUGAACAGCACAAACCCCUACUUCUCGAGUUCGUGGAGACGGAAUUUUACAGGAGGUUUCAUUCUUGAUAUGGGGGUGCACUUCAUUGCAGGACUUAGGAUGCUGGUUGGAAGCGAGGUAGCCACGGUGUCUGCCAGAACCUCUCAUGUGGAUACCAUCUUACCUCCACCAGACAACAUAUCUGCAGUCUUCCAGUUAGAGAACGGAUGUUCUGGAGUUUUUGCUAUGGUUGUCUCUUCACGAUCACCUAAGGUAGUCUGGCGAGUUGUUGGCUUAACCGGUACGCUUCAAAUCCAGCGUGGUAGCGAAGAUGGACGCCAUGGUUACCUGGUAUCCUUUUUCGGCGGCGAUGGACAAAGCAAAAGCAGCUUCCACGCAUUCAGCGGUGUAACAGAAGAGUUGAAAGUAUUCAUACGUGACAUAACACAAGCUUCCCUUAAGAAGGAAUGUGGGUAUGAAGCCGAGCCACGGCUCACUUUCUUGGAAGGCGCUCGGGACGUGGCUCUACUAGAUGCAAUGCUUGAAUCCGGGAGGAAAAAGGGAGCCCAGGUCGAGGUCAAGCAGUUUUAGAUUCCUUAAGGACAGAAUUUUUUCAAUUUGGCAGGGAAUUUUCUUUGUGUGUAGUUUGCUUUAGACUCUUUUUCUGUAUUGCUGUAUAGAUAAUGAAGGCAUCAAGAAUAAUAUUGUACUGAUUAGUGAUUAUGAUCAUCAAAGAGAUUUAGUACUGCAGUCUG